AUGGUCUUCAAGCCGUUUACUCACAUCGCGCGCCAGAGUUUCACCAAAGCCUUCACUCACGGCUAUGCUCAAUCAGUAGUCGCUGCCUCGCAGUCGUCCUACGCGUCCUCGACUACCCUCAACCAUCUUACCGCCGCAAACCCAGCAAAAUUCUCGCGUACCACCCAGUUACAACAUGUCUUUCAGCCGUCGAGCUCCUCUGGCGCUGGCGCCAAGGCCAGCCAAGGUAGUUCUGGAGGAGGAGACGUAGGGUUAGCUGCCUACUAUGCAGCGUGGCAGCAAGCUCAACAAACCGGUGAUGACAGCGACUGGAAACAGUUGCAGUUGAAGCGAAAGCUGGGGUGGAAGCCAACCGCCGAGGAAGAAGCCGCCCUUAAACAGAACCCCGCCGAUAGUGUACCCUCAAACGCUCGCUCAGAUCUCAAUAACGGUUCUCCUCAUCUCACCAAGGCGUCCGCGAACGCUGAUGUCAGCGCGAAAGUGGAAGAGGCCGUCGCCCGAGAGAUCCAGAUUCAGGAAGAGCAAGCUCAAGCCGAGGAAGCAUCCGAGUCGCAGGAUGCGUCCGCCACCGAAGCCUUCCCCGAUCUUCCUGAAGAUGUGGCUGCGGUCGGAGAUAUCGCCACCGAGGAAUCACGGCUCGCGUCGGAGCACAUUGUCCAGCUGGCAUCGUCGAAAAAGUUCGCUGAGAUUCCAGGUGCUUUUGCGGCAAUCUUGAGGGAUGGCCUCACCCCGACCGUCGGUGCUUACAAUGCUUUGCUUGACUCGGCUAUCGAGCUCCACGAUGAUCGGUCCCAAGCGAUUCCGAAAGCCCUCGAUGUCUACUCUGACAUGCUUCGUCGCAGGGUAAUUCCCGAUGAACAGACUUAUCAGAUGCUGGUUCAGCUCUUUGUGAUGCGCACCCAUGAUGCCAUGAAGGCUAUGGAAGUGCUCGAGCAAGAGCGAGUCCGCUUUGGAGGUAUGGAGGAACCAGGAAAGUUUAUGCUGCACUCUAGCGAGCUCGAGCAAACCAUCCUAGCCGAGGAUGAUUCUCUCGGAAUCGCCAUGAAGCUGUUCAGCACCGCGACUUCUCGACACGCGGACCUUGUCUUCCCCCUCGAUGUCUACCGCCAUUUGAUCACUGCUUGCGCUAACGCGGGCAAAGUUGAGGCGAUGAUUCGUGUUUAUGGACACAUGGAGUCUCACAAAGUGACGCCCCACGCUUCGAUCUUCCCCUCAAUGAUUGAUGCCUUCGCUGCCGCUGGCGACUUGACGAGCGCCGUUGAAUGUUACAACGAGUAUCGGUCGCUGGCAGUUUCCGAUGAUAGUGGCACGUUUUGCAUCAUUCAACGUCGGGAUGGCCAGGUUUACGCUUCCUUGAUCAAGGCCUAUAUGUCGUGUGGCAAAGAGGAGAAUGCGAUGCGUUUCCUCGAGCGGAUCCGUUCCUCGUUUGACGAGGUUACUGAAAACCGUGAAACGCGGCAGGAGGCUUUGGAGUCGGUCAUUAUCCAUGAUGCUCUGGUGCAACACGCUCUUAAAUCGGGUGACCAUGAGCGGGCCCUUGAGCAAGCCAAGACUCGGUUGCACGAUGGGGCUCUCAAUCAGGCCAUGUCCCAGAUCUGCAUAGCGGCGGCGGAUUCCGGUAAUUUGAAGAUCGCUUCCGAAGCAUACGAUCUUCUCCCCAAGGACGUAGAGACGCGAAAGGAGCCUGCUGUUUCGAUCUUGGCCCUGCACGUCCGCGAAGGCAACGUGUCAGCUGCCCGUUCCCUGUGGCUGAUGUUAAGCACUGUGGGUCAGGCAACGUCGGAUAUGGUUCAACCGACUGUGAUGUAUGCCGUUGCUCUUCUGAAGAGUGGUCGCACCGAUGAGUCCCUGGUCGAGGCACGGAAUAUGUUUGCACGUAUCCGCAACGCCUCUUCCUCAAACUCUGUCCGUGAACAUAUCAACGAGAGCAUUCAUCUUCUCAGUCGGGUUCUUGUCCAGGGUGCUUCUGUCCUUUCGCCUCAAGCUUCCAUGUCCCUUCUCUGGUUGAUGAUUGAGAAUGGCGGUCUCAUUGCGCCCGUUGCCGAACACGCUGUCGCCUUCCUUGGUCCGCUCGAGAUCUCUCAGCUCAAUCCUCGUGACCUCGCCCUGGCUCUCCAGGUCCAGGCUAGUAUUCUGGUCAGCAACAGCGCCAUGUCCUUUGACGCUGCCCAUCCUAUACGCUUCUCCCAUAUGCUGGAUAUUGCCCUGGCAAACGGACUUGCUAUGGAUUCCGCUACCGUUAGCCUCGUCGACCAGGCAGUCAACAAGCUCUUCACUAGCCGACCGGACAUGGUAAGCCGAUGGCACAGCUAUCUGGGUUUAACCUCUAGCCCUUCCACUUAUCUCUCCGGUCCUCACACUCCCGUUUCUGAGCUAUCAAGCAUGAGCUCUGCCCCGAGUGAGGAUUCGUUCGACCCAUAUGCAUAUGCCACCGACUUUAAGGGAUCGGCCAUGAUUGCUGAAGAGCUUGAGAGCACCCACGGUCGCCCCGAAUCUCAUCUUAACGAAUCUCUUAACCGUCUCCGCAACAUGCGCCGCGCUGGUCGACACCCUCGCUACAUCACAUAUGCCAAACUCAUCGGUGCUGCUGCCAAGAACAACCGUACUGAUCUUGUGCACGAAAUCUUGAGCAUGGCCAGGCGUGAUGUUCCCCUUCUUCCUCAGUACAAGGCUGUCAAGUAUGGCUGGACUUCAAUUCUUGAUGCCAUGGUUGCCGCCUGCUUGACCCUUGGAGACCGUGGACUUGCCUCCAAGUACCACAACGAGCUUUCUGAGCUCGGCUCUGCCCCUUCGGCCAACACAUUCGGUCUGUAUAUCACCACGUUGAAGGAGUCUACCAAGACAUUCGAUGAAGCAACCGAGGCACUCAAGAUCUUCCACCGUGCCGUAGCCGAGGGCGUCGAGCCUACCUCGUUCUUGUACAAUGCUCUCAUUGGCAAGCUCGGCAAAGCCCGUCGUAUCGAUGACUGCCUUCAGUACUUUGCAGAGAUGCGUGCCAACAAUGUCCGUCCUACUAGCGUCACCUACGGCACCAUUGUCAACGCGCUCUGCCGGGUCAGUGAUGAGCGCUUCGCUGAAGAGAUGUUUGAGGAGAUGGAGUCCAUGCCGAACUACAAGCCUCGGCCCGCACCAUACAACUCCAUGAUCCAGUACUUCCUUAACACCAAACGCGACCGCAGCAAGGUUUUGGCCUAUUACGAGCGCAUGCUGAGCCGCAACAUCAGGCCCACCAUGCAUACGUACAAGCUCCUUAUCGAUGCACACGCCUCUCUGGAGCCUGUCGAUAUGCCGGCUGCUGAGAAGGUGCUCGAGACCAUCAAGGCUUCAAGGCAGGAGCCCGAGGCUGUUCACUAUGCAUCGCUUAUCCACGCCAAAGGCUGCGUGAUGCGAGACAUGGAAUCGGCUCUCAAGGUUUUCACGUCCGCUGUCUCCAACCCCAAGGUGCACGUGCAGCCCUGCCUAUACCAAGCUCUCCUCGAGUCUAUGGUGGCCAACCACCAAGUCGCACAGACCGAAUCGAUUGUUGACGAUAUGGCGAAGCGCAGAGUGGAGAUGACCGCCUACAUCGCCAACACUCUUAUCCACGGAUGGGCUGCAGAGGGUAACCUCCAGAAGGCCAGCGCUAUUUACAACAGUAUUGGAAUCGAUAAGCGGGAACCCAGCACGUACGAGGCUAUGACUCGUGCAUAUCUGGCCGCCGACGACCAUGCGAGCGCUUCUCGCACGGUGCAGGAGAUGCUCUCUCGUGGGUAUCCCUCGGCCGUGGCCCACAAGAUCGCUGAUCUUGUUAGCAAUGGUGCAGUCACAGCUACCCUGUAA